AUGCCACUUUCAGUGGAUCCAGCGUCCGCAGCUGCACUUCUCAAAAUUGGCCUCCUGCUCGUCACGGGCAUCUCUGUACACCUGUCUCUGUCGCCGCCAAAUCCACCGGCACCGUCAAAGCACAUAAUCGACCGCAGGACGCUCUUCGAGCGCUGCGUCCGCUGGGUCACCUUCUGCAGCAAGAUGAUGGUAUGGGUCGAAACCUUACUCGACGCGCUCGCGGUCGCUGUUUCCGCCUUCCCCAAUCUCCCCCUCGCACCACGCCUCGCCCGUCUUCUCUGCCCGUCCGCGUCCCCUGCUCUCACUGUGCCAUCGUCACUACUCAUCGCGGGCACGCUCGCCGUGCUCUGCGGGUCCGUCAUCCGCCUAGUGUGCUUCCGCACACUCGGGCCGCUGUUCACCUUUGAACUCACAAUCAGCCCCGCGCACUCGCUAGUAACGCACGGCCCCUACGCGAUCGUGCGGCAUCCAAGUUAUACAGGCAUAUACCUCACGCUCCUCGGCUCGAGUGCAGUUGCACUGGCCCCUGGUUCCUGGCUGCACGAGUGCUGGCUGCAGCUUGGCUCGUGCGGCGUUAGCGCGGCAUGGAAUGUCGCGUACGCGUUGCGGAGCACGAACCGCCGGCUCGCGACGGAGGACAGGGAGCUGCGGCGCGCAUUUGGGCCAGCGUGGGAGGCGUACGCGGAACGCGUUCCCUGGCGGCUUAUUCCAGGGGUGUGGUGA